UUUGUUUAACUUUGCGUCGGCAUUAACAAUUUAUACCACUGUCAGUGUAUGUUUUUGCCGUGUUUAAUUUUCGAUUCAAAACACAAAAGUGGCUUUUAAGCGCCAAUUCAUUCACACCAUUUAUUUAUCAGUGUAUCAGUUUGUUUUGCUGCUGUCAACGACAGAAAUUUUUGUGAAUAUGAACAGAGAGUGUGUGUGAGAGAGAACAGAAAAAAUACAUAAUAAUUUUUUUACACAAGAAUUCAUCGAAAACAAUUUUACAUUGAACGAAAAAAAAAGAACAAGAAAUUUAGUUAAUCAUUUUUAAAAAAUUUAGUCAAUUAAAUUAAAAACCACAAACAUUGUAUGCAAUUUCAUCUCAUUAGCUUGGUAUUUUUCAUGCCAAACAAAUAGUGUGAUCGUAAUGCGGUAAAUUUGUUUUUGUUAUUGUUGUUGGUAACAAAAGACAGACACAUUGAUCAAAUGAUUCGAAACCAAACCACAAAUUUUCAACAUGAAAACCGACAGCGAUUCCAAUAAUUCGGCAAUAUUUUCAUUGCGAAUUGUAUCGAUUGAUAAUUAUAUGAAGGCACCGUUAUUUGGAUUAGACACAUGCAAUUCGGAGUUUCGGGCCGAUGAAGUAAAACAAGUGCCGGUCAUUCGAAUAUUUGGAACCGAUUCGAAUGGUACAAAAACAUGCGCUCAUAUUCAUGGUGUAUUUCCAUAUUUGUAUGUACCGUAUGCCGGUGGCGAUGCGGUCGGUGAGUCAGAUCGUUUGGCAUACCAAUUGGCAUCGAGUCUGGACAAAGCCAUCAACAUUUCAAUGGGACAAACAAAUUCAAAUACACAGCAUGUCUUUAAAGUUAUUUUGGUGAAAGCAAAACCGUUUUAUGGCUAUCAUAAAACUGAACAUAAAUUCUUAAAGAUAUUCCUUUACAAUCCUGUAUUUAUUCGACGUGCAGCUAACUUACUACAAAAUGGUGCAAUUCUCAGUCGAGUGUUUCAGCCCCAUGAGUCACAUGUACCGUACAUCUUACAAUUUAUGAUCGAUUAUAAUUUAUAUGGCAUGAGCUUUAUGCAUAUACCAAAUAAGUUGGUGCGAUAUCGUCAACAGGCCCAUACAGGCAAUUGUGAAUUUGAUUUGAGUGACGAUAGUGAAUUGAAUGACGAGAUUUUGCGAAAUAUUGAUCCAAAUCAGAUUUUAGAUCGAAAAAUUGAACGAAUGUCUACCUCAAAACAAGAAAUCGAUUUAAGUGCGGCCGUUAUACUUAAUCGAUUACAAAUUUCAAUGAACGAUGAAGAUAAUGAACAUGCUAAUCCGGGCAUCGCGUUUUUGUGGAGCGAUGAACGGGGACGUAGAAACAAAAUGGAUGGCACGCCACCGUCAAUGGUGCCAACACCGGAGGCAACUCAGGAUCGUGACAUCUUAACAUCGGUUGAAAGUGAGUUAUUCCAUCAAGCGGCGCUAAAUCGACGACUGGAACAAUUUCGUGCCGAAAGUCCGUCCACACAAUCAUCGGAUAGUUUGCUUGAACAAACCAUGAAUCGAAGCAAUGCCAAUCGAAAAUUUGAUUUAAAUCAAUUUUUACAAAAUUCAGUCUAUCCAGCCGAAUGGACGUCGAACCAAAGCCAAUUGAAUGAUAAAUUUAUUUUGGAUGCAUCAUUUCUCGUUGAUCAUUUAAAAGUCAUAAAAACGACACCAGCCAAUUCGACUGAAACACAAUCGUUCGACACAAAUAGCCAACAAUGGGAUAAUGUGCAAUUCGAUCCAAACGAAACGUUUGUCGAUGAAGAGCUCGUUUUAAGUUUAACACAAAAAUUAUCGAAUCAAACGCUGCUCAAUGAAACAUUGAAUGAAAAUGAAAAUGAAGUUUUGGAUAUAUUUGAACUGAUGGAACAAGAUGAAACACAUGAUGUCACAUUACGCAUUGAUGAUGAUAGUGUGUUGGCUCCGCUAAGUCAAAAAGAAUUGACACACUUCAGUCAACCAAAGAAUAAAAAUGACAAGAACGAUCACAUCGCAUUAUUCGAAGACGAAGAUUCCGAUGAUGAUCUACUAAAUGAAUUUUCCAUGAGCAUACUAGAACGAGCCGAAUUGAAAAUUCCGCAAUUGGAUGGCGCUUUUGAUAGUCCGAAGAAGCAACAAAGUGCAUUCAAAAAAGGUGCAAUGAAAUCAAAUGCGCAAUCACCAUCACGAAGUGCAAAAAAAUACACACCACUCGACAUUGUCAUAUCAAAAACACCAAAGUCACUAAAACCCACCGAUCUGUUAAUACCGAAAUUGUGUCUUGAAAGACAAAUGAUGUUGAAGAUUGAAAGAUGUGAUUCACCCGCAUCAAAACUGCCAAAAACGUACACAAUUGGUGCAGUAGUAGCUGCAUCAAAGGCAAAAUCACAAGCAAGACGGGCAUCAAUGUGUCAAAACACUACAAAUGAACAAACAACGUUGAAACAACAGCAACAACCACAAUCGCCUCAGCAACAACAACCACAACCACAACCACAGAAGAAACUAUUACAAGAUCAAUGCGACAAGCACAGUCAACAAAAAGAACAAACACAAAUACAAUGUGAUCUGCAACAAAACGAUUCGCCGCCAUUUUCUGAAAUUCCUGAAAAGUAUCGAAAUAUUUUGAACAAAUCGCCAGUCGUCAAAUUAAUCAAAUACAACAAUAUCGAAGAAUCGUUCCGAGGAAAAAUAUCAACAACACCAUCACCAACAUCAUCCACACAUUCAAACAUGCAAUCGAAGGAUGAAGAGACUGUCUAUGACACAAAACAAGAUAGAGACACGGCAAAACGAAAGAAAUCGACUACUGACGAAGAUGAUGAGACUAUUGAAACAACACCCGAAACACCGCUCCGUCGCCGUUAUCCGAAAAGAGCACCAAAGCCGCGACAAGAUCUGAUUCAAAGAACAAAUUUAUUAUCAUUGUCAAACAAAACCAAGCCGAAGAAACCACGAAGACGCGCCAAAGAUGAUCUCGAUGAAUUGAAUAAAAUGGAUUUUUGGUAUUCAUGGUAUAAAUGGUCGGAUUGUAAAUUGUCCAAACGCUACGAUGAAGAGCGACAAUUCUUUCCACAGCCCGGCCCAUCCAAUUUGAAUUACUACGAAGACGAUAAAAUUCCCGGAUACUAUCGAUCGCCGAAGAAAACAACACCAUCCAGCAACAGUAAAGCCAAACUGUUGACACCAAAAUCAAAUGGAAUGAAACGAUCACGAACGAUCACAAAGACGACGUCACCUCCACAAAAACGGUCAUUGCGAAAAACCAAAAUGCAAAAACUAAACAAUCAUUCCAAACGUACAGAUUCGCCGAAAGAAGGUGGAUCGUCUCCAUUGAGUGUGCAUUCGGAUUGGGAAAAUGACAUUCACAUACAAAGUUUCUAUGAGGAAUCAAUGAUGCAAUAUUCACCGUCACCAACACAAAAAUCUAGCGAUGACAUUGUUUCCCCAAAUUCGAAUGGUGUGGCACAGGAAAACAGCGAAUCACUUGCAAACACAACAAUUUCAACACCAACAAUGUUAAAAUUUAUCGAAAAUGUGAAAGAUUCAUCCAGCGAAUUGAAAAAUCGGCCAAAGCGAAAAAUCUGCACCGACACGUGCACCAUAAAACCGGCCAACAGUGUACCAUGCCCGCGUGAAAUAUCAAAUUCGAAUGAUGUGCCAAAGUUAAUACAUAAAGUACCAUUCUACAGUGAUCCGAAUGAUGUGAAGGCGCACAAUUCGAAGAAGGAAAUCGGCAAUACCGUUUUACAAUUAAACGGAUACUCUGUAAACGAUUUCGAACCAUUCAAGUCCGAACAGAAUGUCAUCGGCAUGAAUAGGUGGCAGCGUUUAAUCGGUUUUCAAGCCAUGCAAAGUUCGCGACGUCGUCGCGAUCCCAAAGCAUUGACCGAUGAACAUUCGAUGCGACAAUUUUUGGCACAAGAGAAAUCAGUACAAAUAAUGACACACAACCGUCCACCAUCAAAUGACGAUGUUGACAAAUGGCUUAAUACACGGAAUCAAGUGAACAACAAGAAGCGAAAAUUGGCGCCGAUUGUAAUCGAUCUCGAUGGUGAUGAUGAUUAUGACGACGACAACGACAUCCAUGAAAAUCCGGAGAAAAUUGACGGAGAAAAAACCAGCAAGCUCAAAGAAAAUAAAAAAAGUGUUGCCGAAUCAUCGCCAAAGACGCAAAGCUCUGCAAUCAUUCGAAAACUUCGUUCGCGUAAAGAUAUAACCGUAUCGGUCGUAUCAAAACGCAAUCAACGAACCAUUUUGAAAUCACAAUCGGACGAUAAAAACAUUGUGCAAAUUGAUGAUGAUGAUGACGAUAACGAUGUGGUUUGCAUAGAUGAUGUACAAACCACAUCCACAAUCAAGCAAUACAAUCAAAAUUCAUUUAGAAAAUUGUCCGAUUCUCAGCUUGAAAAUUCCAAAAUGCGUGCCCAUUUAAAUUUAGACGAUACAAUAUCCCGUCCAAAUUCAACGGAACUGAGUUUCGGCAUUGAUGGUGGUCCGAUGGAAAAUUCAUUCGGUUUUCGUUUAAAUUUGGAAAAUUUUCAAUGUGCCAAAUCAAAUAUUGAGCACAAUUACUUGACGAUAUUAUCACUUGACAUACACUGUCAAACGCGAUCCACUCUCUUGCCCGACCCCGUUCACGAUGAGAUUAUGUGUAUUUUCUAUGAGAUUCACAAUGAUGUGCCACCGCCAACGUCAAGUGACAGCGAAGAUUCUUUAAGUCAGCAGGCGUCAGGUGUGAUUAUCAACACAAACAAGCAUCCAGAUAUCAAACGUCAUCGAAUGGCAACCCAAACCCACGUAAUAUUGGUGAAUACCGAAACGGAUCUGUUUAUGGAAUUGGUACGGCUGAUACGAAAAUGGGAUCCCGACAUAUUUGCCGGCUAUGAAAUUGAAAUGUCAUCAUGGGGAUAUGUUAUCCAACGAAGUCAAGCGAUCAAUGUGGAUCUUGUGCCACUUAUCUCACGCAUUCCAUCACAACGCGUUGCCAAAUUUCGUCAAACCGACGAUGAAAAUCCACAACACGAUGAGUUUAUUGGUUUUGAAUAUGAUUCAGAGUACAAACUCCAUGGUCGAAUAUUAUUGGACGUGUGGCGAUUGCUAAGAGGUGAAAUUGCGCUUACUUCAUAUUCAUUCGAAAAUAUUAUGUACCAUGUGAUGCAUAGACGAUGUCCAAUGUAUUCACAUGAGAAAUUGACACGACUUUGGAAUGAAUCGAUUCAUCGAUGGAUUGUCGUCGAAUACUAUUUGAAUCGGGUCAAAGGCACUUUGGAAAUUUUGAAUCAACUGGAUUUGAUUGGUCGAACUUGUGAAUUGGCUAAAUUAUUUGGUAUACAAUUUUAUGAGGUGCUGUCGAGAGGCUCACAAUUUCGUGUUGAAAGCAUGAUGCUGAGAAUAGCGAAACCGCGAAAUUUAAUACCAGUAUCGCCGAGUGUUCAACAACGAGCUCAUAUGCGUGCACCUGAAUGUUUACCGUUGAUACUGGAGCCACAUUCUCGAUUUUAUUCCGAUCCAUUAAUUGUAUUGGAUUUUCAAAGUUUGUAUCCCAGCAUGAUAAUCGCCUAUAAUUACUGCUUUUCAACGUGUCUUGGUCGUGUUGAGCACUUGGGACAAUCUCAACCAUUUGAAAUGGGUGCGUGGCAGUUGCGUGUUCCGCUUCGACUAAUUGAAAAACUAAGUGAGAAAAAUCUGAUCACAAUAUCACCGUGUGGAGCCGUAUUUGUGAAGUCAUCAGUUCGUGAAGGUGUUUUACCUCGUAUGCUUCGUGAAAUUCUCGACACCCGUCUUAUGGUCAAACAGUCAAUGAAAUUACAUAAAAAUGAUAAAUUGUUGCAACGAAUUUUGCACUCACGUCAAUUGGGAUUGAAAUUGAUGGCAAACGUUACAUAUGGUUAUACGGCCGCAAACUUUAGUGGUCGAAUGCCGUGUGUUGAAGUGGGUGAUAGUGUUGUGAGCAAAGGACGCGAAACACUUGAACGAGCCAUCAAAACAGUUGAAGCAAACAAAGAAUGGGGAUGUCGUGUUAUAUACGGUGACACGGAUUCAAUGUUUGUUUUGGUACCGGGUCGAAGUAGAGAAGAAGCAUUUCGUAUUGGCAAUGAAAUUGCAGACACCGUUACCAAACAAAAUCCAUUCCCGGUUCGGCUGAAACUUGAAAAAGUCUAUCAACCAUCGAUUUUACAAACAAAAAAAAGAUAUGUGGGCUAUAUGUACGAAACACCAGAACAAAAUACUGCGACGUAUGAAGCCAAGGGCAUUGAAACGGUUCGACGUGACGGAUGUCCGGCGGUGGCAAAGAUUCUGGAAAAAACGUUGCGAAUUCUCUUUGAAACGUAUGAUGUAAGCGUGGUAAAGCGAUACAUCUGCAAGCAAUUCACGAAGAUUUUAUCCGGUCAUGCAAAUGUUCAAGAUCUUAUCUUUGCCAAGGAAUUUCGUGGUAUUAACGGCUAUAAACCAGGUGCAUGUGUGCCAUCACUUGAAUUGACCAGAACCGCCAUGCAAAUUGAUCGUCGAGCCGAGCCGCGCAGAGGUGAACGAGUUCCGUAUCUUGUGAUUAAUGGUCCGCCCGGUCUUCCAUUGAUACGUUUAGUUCGAAGUCCACAUGAAUACCUAACAAAUGAAGCGCUUAAAAUCAAUGCCAUGUAUUACAUCACAAAAGUAUUAAUUCCGCCAUUAAAUCGUUGUUUAUUGUUAAUUGGUGCUGAUGCAAAUCAAUGGUUUGCCGAUUUACCACGUAAAUCGCAAUAUAUUCUAUCAUUAGAUGUGGCAUCGAACAUUUUAAGCAAUUCAAAUAAACAGUGGGGCUCUACGUCAGACAAAUCGUUACCGCACAUCAGAGGCAAAAAGAGUACCAUUUCACAAUAUUUUUCAACAACAAAUUGCGUGUGCGAUUGUGGUGAACAUACACAGAAUGGAAUUUGCUCAAAAUGUUUGGAACCGCGUCGUGCACAACAAAGUGUUUUAAUUCUAACCGAUAAGUGUAUGCAAUUGGAACGCAAAGUUAAUUUAUGCCUUGAGGUGUGCUCGGCAUGUUGUGGCCAAUUAGUUGAUACCAAGUGCAAGUCACUAGACUGUUCGGUUUUAUUUAUGUUAAAUCGAUGGAAACGAGAAUCAAAACAGAUUCAUUUCUAUCGACAAUUAAUUUCAAAACAUUUCUAAUCAUAAAACACUCACCAUCACAGUAUUAUUCAAUGAAACUAAUUUUUAUUACUUACAUAUUGUUUUUUUUACUUCUUUGUUUUGAGAAUUAGAUUUUAA